AUGAUGGCGUUCGUCUAUAUAGAUGUCGUUAGUAGUCGUCGUACACUAAGGAAAUUUAUAAUUUCGAUGAAGAGUAGUCGAACAGUUAUAAUCAACGGUGAAGAAAUAUCACCAGGAUUCUAUUAUUACAACAAUUGUUCAGAUGAUUCUCCAUGGAAGUUUCCUUCUUAUAAUAGUAAUGAUUCAAAUGUUUUAAGUUUGAUUCUUAACAUCGGUAUUAUUCUUGUGGUGAUUGUUAUUGGAUGUCUUAUUGGCUUUUAUCUCUGCUGCUGUUGUCGACGAUGUUGGACCAAAGAUCGUCCGAGAGUCGACUCGAAUGAACAAGUCGAUCAUCAUGAGAAAGGAAACAACUAUGUUUAA